GGGCAGGGCCAGUUACUAGGUGGGGUUUGUCAUGGGUAUAAAUAUAUUCUCUCUGUCGCUACAACGCCCCUGGAACCCCAGAGAGACAAACUUCUUUCAUCUAAGGCCGCACGACAGACUCCGGCAGUCCCACCAUGUCUUUCAUCCAAGCCUUCUUGCAGCAGACUGUGUAUAUGGGCAUGCCCGAUGACUCACUCCUAAAGAACGAGGGGACAGUGAUCGCAGCGCCCAAUUUCAGCCCCAGUGGAGAUGCAGCAGUCUUGGACAAGGCCAUCAAGGCAAAAGGUGUGGAUGAGAACACCAUUAUUGAAAUUCUGGUGAAAAGGAGUAACGAGCAGAGACAGCAGAUCAAAGCGGCGUACCAGCAGGCCAGUGGCAAGCCUCUGGAACCAGCACUGAAGAGCGCUCUGAAGGGAGAUCUGGAGGAUGUGGUUUUGGCUCUGCUUAAAACACCAGCCCAAUACGAUGCCCAGCAGCUGAAAAAGGCUAUGAAGGGUCUGGGCACAGACGAGGACACCCUGAUAGAGAUUCUGGCUUCCAGAAACAACAGACAGAUCCUGGAAAUAAAGAAAGCUUACAAGGAAGACUACAAGAAGGAGCUGGAGGACGACAUCAAAUCUGACACUGGAGGAGAUUUCAGGGCUGCCCUCCUUGCACUGUGCAAGGCCAGUCGGACUGAAGGAGUUUCUGAGCAGCUGGUUGACAGCGAUGCCAGGGCUCUGUACGAGGCUGGUGAGGGGAGGAAGGGGACAGAUGCCUCCGCCUUCAUUGAGAUCCUCACCUCCAGGAGUGCCCCUCAUCUCCGUAAAGUAUUUGACAGGUACUCAAAGUACAGCAAAGUGGACAUGGCUAAAGCUAUCGACCUGGAGAUGAAGGGAGAUAUUGAAAAUUGUCUCACAGCAGUAGUGAAGUGUGCUGGAAGCAGGCCUGCGUUCUUUUCUGAGAAGCUCUACUUGGCAAUGAAGGGUAAAGGUACCCGCAAAAGUAUCCUGACCCGCAUCAUGGUGAGCCGCUCUGAAAUUGACAUGAAACGGAUCAAGGAUGAGUACAAGAAAACCUACGGCAAAACACUCUACCAGGAUAUUCUGGAUGACACUGAAGGAGACUAUGAGAAGAUUCUGCUUGCUCUCUGUGGGGGUGAAAACUAAUAGCCAAUCAGUGGGACCAAGGCUCAUACAACUGAAGAUCCAGCUGUGGAAAAUCACCUAUAAUCUCAUGACACAUAUUGUGCCCUAUGCUUUUGUGGAGACUGUGUUUCUUUGUGACUUUCAUGACAUCUAGAAAAUAACAUGGACUCAGCACUGCUUCAGCAGAUGUUUUAGUUGUUCCUAUACAUUCCAAAACUCUUAUUUCAGUAUAGAUCUGGCAGCAGUAUGCUAGUGGACCUGAUGCUCUGGGACAGACUUAGCUUUGCACUCAAUAGAUUCUCAUAUCUGGUGCUCGAAGAGAAGCUAAAGUCAGUGCAGCUGCUAACAGAUGUAUACAGAACACAAUUUAACAAUCAUAUUCAGGCAGAAGUAGGCCUACCCUUGAAGAAGCUUGGACAUCCUACAAAUAAAAGCUUAUUGUAUGAAGGCC